UACCAUUUGGGCGUUGGAUAUACAUUAUAUCUGCAGUGUGUCACUGCUUUGAUGUCAAGCUGUUACAUGUCAGGGUCACAGGUCAUCUCCACAUUCCACCAGUGAGUUAUGUCAGACUGUGUCAUAUUCUCUGAAUUCAGAUUGACUAAAGUUGAGACGUUCCACACUCCAGGGUUUAAUCAUACCACACUGUUUGUCAUUCAGGCUGUCCUUGUUGAUGUUUUUUGUUUUUUGUCUAAGUCAAGUAUUUCUACAUGGCUGUUCUGUUUGUAACUGGUGGAUCAUUUUGGCAAAGGAACUACUGGUGCUACUCCUCUUUCCAGAACCAAUCAAAGGCUAGGUCAGGGGUGACCACUAUAUCAACUCUGCCGCUGGAUCUGAUUUAUUCAAAAUACAGCAGCAACAAGUGCUUGGCAGCUUCACAGCUAUUUUUAAAAACCUUUAAAACUUUAUUUCAAAGCCUCACCUAUAAUCAUGGCACUACCAGUAAUUCUUCUGAAUUGUAUUGGGAAUGAACACAAGGACUACAUUAAUAAAAUACUUCCAGACAACAGGUUCAAGUUAAAAACCCUUAUUUGGACACAAUGGAGGAGGACAUUCUCUACCACUUCAGCUUGAGCACAAAGACACACAACCUUCCAGAGAUGUUUGGAGAUACUAAGUUUGUGUGUGUUGGUGGCAGUGCCAAUCGAAUGAGGGCUUUUGCCCAGUUCAUGCACCACGAGAUGAAACUGACUGGGACCCCAGAAGAGAUCAGAGAUAUCUGUGAGGGGACGGACCGCUACUGCAUGUACAAAGUGGGACCAGUGCUCUCUAUAAGUCAUGGCAUGGGUGUCCCUUCCAUCUCCAUCAUGCUGCACGAGCUCAUCAAGCUGCUCCAUCACGCCCAGUGCCGUGACGUGGUGUUGUUUCGCUUGGGAACAUCUGGCGGAGUCGGUCUGGCACCAGGGACGGUGGUGAUCACUGAUAAAGCGGUGGAUUACUCUUUCCGCCCCCGGUUUGAACAAGUUGUUCUGGGUAAAGUUAUCACUCGGAGCACUGAGCUGGAUGAAGGAGUUGCCAAAGAGCUUUUGCAAUGCUCCAAUGAGCUGCAAAACUUUCCAACUGUUAUUGGAAACACUAUGUGCACCCACGACUUCUACGAAGGUCAAGGCAGACUCGAUGGAGCUCUUUGCUCUUUUUCUCAUGAGGAAAAAUUGGAGUAUCUGAGAAAAGCUUACGAGGCUGGAGUGAGGAAUAUCGAGAUGGAAUCCACCGUCUUUGCUUCCAUGUGCCGAGUCUGUGGGUUGAAAGCGGCCGUGGUUUGUGUUGCGCUGCUGAACCGCUUCGAGGGCGACCAGAUCACCUCCCCACAUGACGUUCUGGUGGAGUACCAGGAGAGACCUCAAGUCCUGGUGUCCCACUUUAUCAAGAAAUGCUUGGGACUUAUUCCCUGAAUGCCCAGCCCCCCUAGAAAACUGUAUAUAACUUCGACUACCAUGUGGAUAUGUAUAUACAUAUACUGUACUUGAUGUUAAUAGUUGAAUUAGAAAGAUAUUUAAGCUUUUUUAUGAUUUAAUUGAUAAUUUAAAAAAGUAUUGGCACAUCGCUUUUACAUAUUUUUAUGUAUGUAUAUUUCCAUAUUAAAUACAUUGGUAUUUAUGUAUGAUAAUACAAAUCUUUUCAAUGUGUUCUGUAUGCUCAUUUUCAUAUGAAUGCAAACCAUUGUAGAUAUAUCACAGCUGACGACUCCAAAACCUUGUGUUUAUAGGAUCAAGAUUUUUUUAAUGUUUGACUGGAAUAGAAAUACCAACUUUAUAAAAACAAUUGUAGGCUAUAAUGUAGAUUAGACAGUAGGGGUCUCUAGAUUUGAAGGUUUAUUUUCAGAUAUUUUAUUAUUUUUAUUUUUUCCUUAUAAUAAAGCAGCAUGAAGCACGAACAAUAAAAUUCAGUAAAAAAUGUUUUCGAGACAAAAAACAUAUAUCAUAUUUAACAGUUUAUGCUGUACAUGUAUGCUAUUGUAAAUGUAAAUCUCAUGGAAGCUGUCAAUAAAUACAGGUCCUUCUCAAAAUAUUA